CGCCUACGUACACUGUGCACUAAAAGUAUAUACUCUUUUCUUGUGAAGGAAAAAGUACAUGCGUUCGAGUGUGCAGCAAAAGAUUACGCAAGUACCGGGACAUACUGACACGUCACGUGACGGAAGAGAACGCUGUUGCCUAGUUACGCACACCGUCACCGUCACACACUCCUCAUCCAGCUUUCCUUUGUAUAUUUAUACCUUAUACCAUUAAAUUUACUCUUCCCUUCAUUUCUUUUCCUACACUUCAUUAACACCUCUCUGAAAUGUGUCCUUGAAUUGGGCGACGCAAACCGUCACAAAACUCCUCUUCCUCCUCCUCCUCCUCCCUCCCUUCUUUUGCGCAGUUGUGAGUUGUGGGUAAUAUUAGCUGAAAAAGGGUCCACGGAUCCACACUUCUACUGAAUAUCGACCGGAGAUAGACGACCAUCGAGAGAUUGGGACGCGCUAAUUCUCAUAUCGGAUACUAUUUAGGACGGAUAGAAGGUGUUGAGCUGUGACUCCUAAGCGAUGAGGACACACUGACAGAGGGAAAGAUGCUCAACUUGGAGGAGGAGCCCAUCAAAUACGGGGAGCUCAUCGUCCUCGGGUGUAAUGGCUCAUUCCCAGGAGGAAACCGAGGCAGGAGGAAGAGUCGCUUCAGUCUCUACAGACGAGACAGAGCUAAUGGAGUCAAACCAGGAACCGUACACAUCGCCCGCAGCCCAGAGGCAGCCAAGGUGAUCAGUAAUAACAGUCAGCACAGUGUGUCGUACGCACUUUCAGACAUUGAGACGGUGGUGGUGGAGUACACAGACGACAAUGACACUGACAUGUUUCAGAUCGGUAGAUGCACUGAGAGCCCUAUAGACAUUGUGGUGGCGAACCCAGCCGGCUGUAGCCAAAGUAACGGAUACUCCGGGUGCUCCCAGAGUACCAUCUCUCGCUUCGCGUGUCGGAUUGUGUGUGAGCGCGCUCCGCCCUACACCGCCCGAGUGUACGCUGCCGGAUUCGACUGCUCCAGGAACAUCUUUCUCGGAGAGAAGGCCGCUAAGUGGCGUUCGUUUGGUGGUCAGAUGGACGGUUUGACCACUAACGGUGUUCUGGUGAUGCGGCCAAAGGGUGAAUUUAGUGGCUCUUCUGAGCCUGGUGUGUGGAGGGAGAUCUCUGUCUGCGGCAACGUUCACACACUCAGACCGACCCGAGCUGCACAGAGCAAGGGCCAGCAGGUGAUGGAUGAGUCUCCGGUGCUCGUGGACGGCUCUCUGAUUGACCUGUGCGGCGUGACCCUGCUUUGGCGUGCGGCGGCCGCACUCUCGGGCUCUCCUGGACCGGAGCACUUGGAGGAGCUGAGGAUGAAGCUGAAUGCUGCACGUCCGCACUGUCCUGUCCUGCUGCACACUCUGGCCUUCCCCAGCCUGGACGACCCUGAGUCAAAUCAGCCGCGGCAACCCUGGGUUUACCUGUGCUGCGGCCACGUGCACGGCUUCCACCCGUGGCGGGGCAGAGGGACCGCCAUUAAACACGAGGAAGAGAAGGAGGAGAAUGAGGAGGAUGUAAUGAAGGGAGCAAGGGAAGGAGACAAGGAAAGGGAGUGCCCUCUGUGUCGAGCACGAGGCCUGUACGUGCCGCUGACGCUGGGUCGUGAGUCAAGGCUCUGCGUGGACGCAGGGCCACCAUCUCAUGUCUUCGUGCCAUGUGGCCACGUUUGCUCGGAGGCCACGGCAGUGUACUGGAGUAAAACCCCGCUGCCGUGUGGCGCCAGUUCUUUUUACUCGGCUUGCCCCUUCUGCAUGAAGCAGCUAGCACGUGACAGACCCUAUGUCACGCUCAUCUUUCAGGGAGCGCCCGAUUGAGCGUCCGUAUACGUGUGUGAUUUUGGACAGCUUUCUUCACUGCCAGAAUGACUGCUGCUCAAAUCUGAAUGGUGUUUCUGUCACUACUCCUCUGGCCCUGUCUCAUUUGCCUUCCCGUCUUCCCUCUCUCUCACCCUGCUGCCACGGCGUGUGCCCUCAAACUCUUCAUGCCCUCAAUGCCUUCAAAGCAGUGAUGUUGGCUUCCACUUGUGUAUCUCACAAUCCUUUAACGAUCAGAAAUCAAUGAUAUAAAACAGCGCUUUCCAUUCCAGCAGAGAGAUUUAAUGUGCCAGACCGCGUUGAUGUUUAUUUAUGUAUAAAUCUAAAUAAGAUUAGGCAGACAUGCAUUUAAUUGGGAUAGCCAUAACAACUGACCAAUCCCAAGCCCUGACCACACUUGGUCAAGCUUCUGAAAAAUAGAGGCCAGGGUGGUCCCUGCUGAUGUCAUCCAUUCAGAAGGACCCUUGAGGGUCAGAAAUUUAGAAAAUGCUUAGCCUUGCCAUGAAAUAGCAGCUGAUUUAAUACCUCAUCAGUUUUAUAGCGUCAUAUUAGCUAAAAGCCAAUCUAGCUAGUUGUUGACCUACUUAUUUAUGACACCCCUUCAGUGUAACACUAGCCUUCGAUGUGUAAUAUUUUACGGUACAAUUAUUAAUCUGGUUAACUGUUUGUGUUGCCUAACGUAUGCCAAUGAUAUCCGCUCAUUGUAACGUUAGCUAGCUAAACUCUCAGUCUGAUUGUUGCUGCUCUCUAGCCAACGUUCUUCGUCUAUUUAUACAGUAAAUUGAAUGUGUAGCUAACAUUUUAAUGCUACUCUCAGCACAACAGUUGUGUCACUCAUCCAGGGACCUUCCGUGAAUAACUUUUUUUGUAUCUUGAGCUUCAACUUAAAGAUUUGUCCCCUAGGGAAAUGCUGGUAAAAUCCUGAAAGCUUGUCUGAGGCAAUGGUGGAUAGCAAGUGUUGCAGUAGUGAUAGAAAAGUAGUGAUAGGAGAAUCAAGGAAAUAAGCAGGGGCUUGUGAUUGGUCAAUUGUGAGAAGUUAAAAACAAAGUCAUUUUUCUGUCAUAACCCAAUAAACCUCUUUUUAUGUUUUCAGCACGGAGUGAUAUUCAAGCACCUAUAAAAGCCACGUGCAAAGAUUUGGACUGUUACAGUGAAAUGUGGCCCAUGAAGGACAUGUUGUGUGAAAUGUACAGUUUCUCAGAUCUUCUGUAGCAUUUAAUCAAACUGUACAGGAAUUUUCGGUAGAACUGGUCAUUACAUGAUUUAUUCUUCAGUACACUAUGUACAAGGCCAUCGUGUGGCCUUACUGCUUUAAUAUUCGACAAAUUCUGUGAUGUACCUUCGGUGCUUGGACCCCCGCCAUCGCUGCUUGCAGUUAAAGCUUUCUCAUGGCAGUUUAGCAUUGUUCAUUCCAGUGUAUGACAUGACAUUGAACUUUUUUAUGUUUCAUAUUAACCAUGCUAAAACACACUACAGCUGAACUAUUUUACAUUUUGACUCUUGGGCAUUUUUUAAAAUAAAGUUUUUAAUAAAAAACAACAA